AUGGGUAUACAACUGCUGAAAGAUCGCAAAGCGGUCUACGAGACAUGGUUCCAAAACCAAGGAAUGAAGAAGAAGCCGGCUAAACCCCCUAUCAAGAUGGGGCAGAGAUGGACCGAAAGAAGUGUUAUAGACACCCUCCAGAAGAAAGAACUAUUAAAAACAAUACAAGACGAGACUGGAGCUAAGCCAGGGACGAAAGAAAUGAUCAACCAUUACACCAAGCAGCUCAACCUCCUCAUUGCAUCCUUGUCCCCAGAAGAACUCAAAGAAGCCAAAGAGACGGCUGAUAUAUGGAACCGUCAGGGUGUUCCGGACAAUGUCAAGUCCGACAUUGCCAGGAAAAAAAGUGAUGACAUGAUUCAUCAUUUCGCAACCAAGAUGUGGAACCAGGCGGGAAUGAGGGUCUUUGUUGUGUCAGCUUGGAAAAAUGAAGAGGGUAAGAUUCAUGUGGCCGGUCACGACUAUAACAAUGAAUAUGGUGGUGCCAACUCUUUCAUGAAGACUCGCAAAUGGGAUGCCAUCCUCCCAGAAUGGGAUUCAUAUGCAGAGAGCGCAUUUGAUGGUAACUUGGAUGGCGAUGCAGUUGCAACUCGCAAAAAAGGUCAACAGGACAAGACUUACAUCCUUGAUGUUGGAGACGACGGAUAUCCCGUGCUCCCUGCAUGUGAUUCUAUGGAUCUGGACACAAAGAAAGCAGUUGUGCGCGCAUUUUUGACUUGGCAUUACAGAAAAUGUUGUGGGGAUCCAAAAAUUUCAAUCCCAUGGAAGUAUGUCAUUCCUAGAUGCGGCGAGAUCAUUCCAACAGAGUGCCUUCCGGAAGGACACAAUCUCGCGGAGCCUUCAAAGUUAAGGCAGAUCCAUGCCACGGAACUGCUACAGUUCUGGUAUAACCGACAGGAAGAGCGCGAAGAGCGCGUAUUGGAAUUUAUCGGUUGGUGGGACAAUGAUAAAGAGGAUAUGGUGCUAGCUGCAGACAUGGAAGUACCAGUGACAACAGCGAGAAAGAAUAAGAGAAAGCUCAAGGAGAUCGACGAGUCCCUUGCUGAACAAUCCAAUGGAUCGGAGGAUGAUAUUCCUAGUGGCCAAACGGCGAUUGUGCCAAAACGCCUUAGAGGUCGUCCAGUCCUGAUCCGCGGUAGCAACGACUCCGACAGCGAGGUUGAGGAAAAUAUUCAUGAAAAGUCUGUUGAACCCGCACGAGGCAAAAAGGGUGCAUUUCCGAUCCAGGCCGCUGCUAUUGAUAUGAGAUCAUCAAAGAAGGGUGCAGCAGUUGAGAAGCCAAGAGACGGCCCUCCGAAGCAUGUGCAAAAGGGCCCUGACCCUGACCGUUCAGCAUCCGCCGUGACACGCAAAGCCAUUGCACCAAGGCAGCGGAUGGCAGAUCUACCAAUGGAAGCCGGUAGAUCGUCUCGUGAGCGCAAAGAUGCUGUGGUCGGCGCAAAAGCUCGAGGGCAGAAAAGGACUGCCGAAGAAUGUUUGGAAGGAUCUCCUGCUAAAUGGAAAAGAUGUCAAGGAGUUCAACAGGAUAAAGUGGCUUCAAUAGAGGCUAAGGAGAAGCCAAGGAAGAAACGGGUUGAAGAAGCUACCGAUGGGUCACCCUCCAAACGGACGAGGAGUAAGACUUCACAACUUGCUGCAGGCAAGCGCUCCCGGAAGCCGAACUCUCGGUACAAUGAUUAUGUGAAGCCCUAA